AUGACUUGCCACUACCAGGUCGUCUAUGGAGGUGGCUUCUCCAGUAGGGAGUUCACUGCUAAGACGUUGACCAUUGGUGAUGCCCCACCCAUCGAGAAUGUAGCCAUGGGAUGUGGCUUCGACAAUGAGGGCACCUUCAUCACCGUCGGUGGCCUCCUCACCCUCGACAUGGGGAUGCUGUCCUUCCCCUCCCACUCCUUCACCUACUGUCUCAUCGACCGUUGCAUGCCUGGCACCUCCAUUAUCGACUUUGGCCCUCCAACUACCCAGCCUGAGGCCUCCACCAUUACCACCAAGCUGCUUCACAGCAAGAAGGUUCGGACCUUCUACUACUUGGAGUUGACGGGGUUCAAUGUCGGUGGGAUGAAGCUGCCGAUCCCGCCAUCGGUGCUAGCAAUGGACACGGAUGGCUCUAAGGGCAUCAUCUUGGACUUAGGCACGAUGGUGAGCCAACUAAACAAGUGUACAAGCCUCUAA